AUGGAAGAAAACAGGCUUAGUAAGAAUAGCAAGAGACAAAUUACGGAGCGAUCGGACGAUGUAUCUGGGGUGUGUUUGGCUAGCACAAUGUCUUGUAAUGUAGCAAGUUUUGGCGUCGAAGCUAUCCACCCUGUGACAGAUUCGUGUUGCAAGAACAUCGGCGAGUAUAAGACGAAAACUGAAGAUUACUACACAGGGAACUGGUGAAAGCAUUGCUAAGCACGGCCAGAAAUUCAAGCAGAGAUUUAAGUGUGAGUUUUGGACAAAGGUAGAG